AUGGCUGCAAUUAUCCUUUCAAUUGUCUUCAAUCUGCUCCUGCUUCUCAAUCCAAAUAAAACUCAGGUAUCCCAUGGCUCCCAUGCCCGUACAUCCAAUUCUUCCGACGAGAUGACUCUCUUGGCUUUCAAAUCUGCAAUUGCCUACGAUCCUCUCAAUUCGGUCACAACUUGGAGCAAAAAUGUCUCAUUUUGCAAGUGGGUCGGAGUCCUCUGUUCUUCUCGCAGGCACAGAAUUGUUUCUCUCAACCUGCACAACAUGUCUUUGGAAGGACUGGUACAAUUCCCAACUCCUUGGGAAACUUAUCCUCUUUGGACCAGCUGGAUUUGGGAGAAUCAAUUUCAUGGCACAAUUCCCUGGGAAUUGGGAAUGCUUGAUGAACUAAGUUUGCUUGCCUUGAAUGCAAACCAUCUCACAGGACAAAUUCCUUCCUCCCUGUCAAACUGCACAUUCCUAGAAGUAUUAGAUAUAAAUGAAAAUAACAUAACUGGAGAAAUUCCAGGUGAGUUGUUCUCUAAGACUACCAAUUUGAUGGAGUUAUACCUAGCUAUAAAUCAAUUGACUGGUAGCCUUCCUGUCAGUCUCUUCAAUUGUAGUCAACUCGAACAAUUAGAAGUAUCCGGCAACCGGCUGAGUGGAAUUGUGCCCACCGAAUUAGGAAAAUUGUGCAGACUGAUAUGGCUUAAUUUGGGUUAUAACCAGUUUACUAGCGGGAGCAAAUCAACCUUAAGCAUUCUUACUGCUCUCACAAAUUGUUCUCUUCUGGAAGUUAUACUAUUAUCAGGUAAGAAUUGGAUUUGGAUGGAAACAGGAACUAUUCCGAGUGAGAUGGGAAAACUCAAAACCCUCUGGGCUCUCGAUCUCCAAGAAAACAAGCUUUCUGGUUCUAUUCCUGAUUCUCUUGCCCACCUCAAGCAGCUAAGAUAUUUGUAUCUUAAUAACAACCAGUUAUCAGGAAUCAUACCUCCAAGUUUGGGCGAAUGCUUGAAGUUGGAAAACCUUGAGCUUUCAUACAACAAUCUCAGGGGACAUUUACCUCCACAGGUAGCAGGACUUUCAAAUUUAUUAAGGGGUUUCAAUCUUUCAAACAAUUUGUUACAAGGCCCCUUGCCUUUAGAGCUCAGCAAACUUGAUAAGGUUAAAGCUAUAGAUAUUUCUGCAAAUCAGUUCAUUGGACAUAUUCCCUUUGUCCUAGGAAGCUGCGUAGCACUUGAAUAUCUGAAUCUUUCAUGCAAUCAAAUAGAAGGUCUAAUUCCAGAGUCUCUUGGUAAACUUCAGAAUCUACAGAAUUUAGAUUUCUCUUCCAACAAGUUGUCAGGAAGAAUACCAAUGUCCUUGGGAAAUCUCAAAGAGCUUCAGCGCCUCAAUUUUUCUAUGAAUAGGUUAUCAGGGAAAGUCCCAAAAGAUGGAGUUUUCAAAAUUCUUGGUCCAUCAUCCUUUAUUCAAAACCCUGGCCUAUGUGGGCCUUGGGUAAAAUUGCUAGCAUGCUCUGCUCUCAAACACAAAAGGCAUACUCAUCUCAAAAGGGUAAUCAUUACUAUUGUUGGCAUUGCAACUUUGGUCAUCUGGUGGUUGCUUAUGAGAUUCUUAUGUAGACGCUACUGCAAGAGGCACCCUCUGAUCUCUUUUCCCUCUAGAUUGGAUCACCAAAAAAUCCUACUUUCAGAGCUUACCAAUGCAACUGAUGGAUUUAGUGAGGCUAACUUGUUAGGAGUUGGUAAUUUUGGAAAAUUGUACAAAGGGGUUUUGAACGAUGGCACAAUGGUUGCCGUCAAGGUUCUUAGUUUGCAGAAUGAACAAGUGUCCAGCAGUUUUGUUAGAGAGUGCAAUGUUUUGAGAAGAGUCCGACAUCGGAAUUUGGUUAGAAUCAUAACCACUUAUUCCGAUCCAGAUUUCAAAGCCUUGAUAUUGCCUUUAAUGCCAAAUGGAAGCCUAAAUAAAUGUUUGCAUCCUGAAGGUCCACAAAGUUCAGAAGGGCACAUGCCUAGAUUGGAUUUAAUUCAAAGGUUGAAUAUAGCCAUAAACAUUGCACAAGCCUUGGAAUAUCUCCAUCACCAUUGUUUUGUUCAAGUCAUUCACUGUGAUAUAAAGCCCAGCAAUGUGUUGCUUGGUGAGGACAUGACAGCUUAUUUAACAGAUUUUGGCAUUUCAAGGUUAAUAUCUGGAAACUCCAUCAAUUCAUUCACUUCUACAGAUACACUAAAAGGAUCCAUUGGCUACAUGGCUCCAGAAUAUGGAGUGAGUGGGCGGGUUACUACAAAAGGAGAUGUCUAUAACUAUGGAAUUAUGUUAUUAGAGAUGGUAACUGGAAAGAGGCCUACAGAAGACCUAUUUGUCCUAUUUGUAGAAGGAAUGAACAUGCAAAAGUGGGUAAGUAGGAGCUUUCCAAAUACAAUAGCAGAAAUUGUUGAUAGCAGUUUACUGAAUGGUGUUACAAGCAGCGCGGAGGACAAGGUAUUCAACUGCUUUAGACAACUCAUAAGCAUGAGUUUCCUUGGCACAAAAUAAUCUCUUCAAGAAAGGGCAAGUAUGUUAGACAUUGUCAAAAUAUUGCAUAGCAUCAGAAGCACUUUCCUUGGAGUUCCUUCCACUCCAACAUUCCAUAUAGAUUUAUCAUCUUUAAUUUCCAGCACAAGUAUUUUAGGUACAAAGGAUGAAAGCCAAACUUCUUCAUUUUAAUGUCGAGAAGCUUCCAACGGAUAAUAAUGUAAUAGUUGGUGUACACCUUCCAAGUUUCCCAGUUGUCCGGGCUUGUUUUGGGAUUAAGACUUUUUGGUAGCAACAUUCAAUCAUAAAUUCUAUUGUUUAAAAGUCUUGUAGAUAUGCAGAACUAGUUACUGCCCAUCACAAUAAUAGCAUGUAAUAAUCUUUUCACUUUGUCAAAUGGAAGACCUUAAACCUCUGCAGAUUGUUUGUUAUUAGAUGCA